AUGGAUCCGGGACCAGACGGCAAACGUCCUCGCUUUGGGUCGUGGUCUGCUUCUCCAACUGGAACCCCCCUUCCUCAACCUCACAUCUCAACAACACCACGGUCUCAUCAUACUCAAGCUCCCCACCCGCCGCCGCCUCCCCCUCCCCCUCCAGUCUCUCACUCGCAUCAUCAUCCUGGACCAGGCACAUAUCAACAACAAUAUCCGCCCCGAGCAGCCGAACUUGGAUCCGGCCCUCCAGCUCCAGUGCCUAUACAUGGUCAUGCGCAGUCUCCUCUUCCUGAUCACGACCGGCGACAACACGAUCAGGAAACCCUUGCCCCCAUGCAAGACCACUUUCGCCAGCCGGGUCAUCCUCCCCAACAACAGCCUCAUCACCCAAGCCAACCGCCGUCACCCGCUCAUCCUGCAUAUCGUCAAUAUCCUCCCAGAGACUCGGCCAUAAAACGAGAGUCCGGCGAAGAUCCGAGGCGCUCAAACUCCGCUGGAGGACAUGCGCCAGACUCUAUACCCCAUACGCCACAUCCCAGCUCAGUCUCGCAUCCUCCUCCGCCGCACCAAACCGCAUCAGCAUAUCCACCAGAGGGCCAACAGCGUCAUAUGGGCUAUGAAAAUGGACCUUCGGUGCCUCCCACCCCAGGAGUGUAUCGCCCUGCCAGCUACCCGCCGCCAACGCCGGCUCACCAGCCUUCUUACGAGUCCCAUGCAAGCUAUCCUCCAGCAACAGAGCCGUUCUAUGGCGUAUACACAUCCUCUGCCGCUUCAAAGAAGAAGAACACGAGAGCAUCGCAGGCUUGUGAUCAGUGCCGACAGCUCAAGGCUAAAUGCGACGAGACAAAGCCCUGCAAAACAUGCCGCGAUAAAGGAACAGAGUGCCGGUACCGCGACCCGGUACCUAAAGCGACUGAUAAAGCUCAAGCUGAUAUUCUCGAGGGCAUUACCAUGGUCCAGCACAGCAUUGCCAGUUUGAUGGAGCAAGUUGGACGUAUGGACAGCCGGAUGACCAAGCUGGAAGCUUCUGUCGGCGGCCAUCCAAAUGGUAGUUUGGUGAAGAUGGACCCAGUUGCGGAAGAAGAGCAGCUCAAAGCGCUGCGAAGAAGCCCUUUUGGCGACGAAUCUGAGACGGCGCAUCAGUUCUACAAUAGCGGCGGCACUCGUGAUUUCUUGGAUGCUGGUGUCGAGCGUGCGCCCCUGGAAAUGAUGGCCGAAGAUGAAUUGGAGGCAGAGCCAGGACCGCCAGUGCCUCCCGGAGAGCCUGCGAUCCCCAUCAACCAUACUACGCCUGCUGGGUUGCUUCUGGACUGGCCGUGUAUCAGUGACAUUGUCAGGCCACACUUGGAAGCCGAGGGUAUUCGACACAUCACGGAAUAUCCUAUCAGCCAAGAGCAAAAUCGCGGUGUGCUCAUUGUAUACGGUCGUGGCGAAGACGCGCAUCCUUCGCGGCAUUUGAGGGAAAUCACAGACCACGGCCAACUUGACAUGGGAGACGAGUCCUCUGACACAGCAUCUCCGUCCCCUGCUGCUGAUUGGGGACACCUCGGUGGACUGAGCCCUGCUGACCAAGUGGUAGAGUAUAAGGGGGGUGUAUUGGCGAGUGACGGGAACCCCGACUUCUCCGAAGAUAAAGUUUGGGCCUAUGUGAAGAGCUUCAAAGAUCAUAUUUUAAACAUGCAUCCAAUCAUUCAACCCAAAGUACUCCGCGAAUGGGUGCACCAUUUUUUGGAUACCUUGCCACCAAGAUCAACAUAUUCAAAAUUUCACAAGCCUUCCAAAGGCGCCUCCUUCGCGGUAGGUAGCAUAACCCCAAAUAUGGUGACGGAGAUUGCAGGAUCGAAACGCAAAAGGUCACCCGCACCCGACGGACCCGAAGUUCCUUCAACGCCGACCACGGGGAAAGCUGGCAGACCCGAGAGAUCAAUACAUAAUGCGCUUGUCCUCACCAUCCUCGCCUUGGGCAAAAUUUGUAUGCACAGAGACCGAGUUUACGACGCCGUCCAUCAGGUUGAUCCUUUGCCUCAUGGGAGUCCGUCCGCUAGGAAUGGAAUUCCACCGUCUCCUAGCCAGUGCUCACCCCCGAGCAUCUCAUCCCACUCCCUCUCAUCGGGAGGUCUGGCGGUGUCCCCGAAGGAGGCAGAGCGAGGAUUACAGAGCAGGCGGUCAUCGAUUCAUGGUGGGAGUACAGGAACCUCAAGAGGCGGCCUUGGAUUGAAGAAGAACUACGAGGCUAUUCCGGGCUUGGAGUACUUUGCGUUUGCCACCGACAUACUUGGGAAUCAUACAGGCGCCUAUAAAAACAUGAAGAACGUCUACGCCUUGAUUUUUGCUGGAAUAUAUCACGGGCAACUUGCCCGUCCUUUGGAAAGCUUUGCGUUUAUUCAUCAAGCUAGCCAUAAGUUGCAGGUCAUCAUGAGACCGAGCCUGGAUAAGCUGCGUCGAAUCAAGAACACAGAUUUGUCAAUGAUACAAGAGCCGAGGUAUAACCAACUGGCUUUGACCUUUUGGACUUGCUUGCAACUGGAAAGCGAUCUCAUCGCAGAGCUGCAACUUCCUCCUUCAGGAUUGCUCUCCUAUGAAGAAAAUAUGCCGCAUCCAAAUAUGAGCCUGUUGAGUGGAUUUGAUCAGAGGGUUCUCGACAGUUACUUGGCGCAGUUGUAUCUUCGAACGCACCUGAACAGCAUUCACCGCAUGUUUUACGCCCCAGACAACAAGAAUGUCAAGGAAGCAGAAUCAAAGGAGCUAGACCCCAAGUUCAACAAUGUUGGGCUAGUCGCCGAUGCUGUGUCAAACAUGCAGUGGGUUGCACGGAGUUUUGCCUUCAAGGAAGAUGAUCCCCCGGCAGACGACCUUCUCGCAGCCCGACUGCGGGCCAAAUAUUGGGGCGCUCAAGUCAUCACAUACCGGCCCUUUAUUCGACAAAUCCUGCAGUGGUCAGAGAAGAUGCAAAAGCAUCCAUCAAGUCCGAACCCGCAGGCCGUAUCCGAAUUCCGACAAGGCGUCGCGGCGCCGGUUAUCGACCCAUCAGCCAAGUCUCGGAACGAUAUUCAACCAAUGGUGAUCGAAUAUGCGAAGAGAGGCAUCAAAGCGUUGAUUGAGAGCACGCGGGCAUUCCACGGUUUAGGAUCGGAGCGACCAAUCAUUACCAAUGUCUUUGGAACCGCGCAUGCUCAAGCACGGCGACGAGCUCCCUAA